UUGUUAUGGCAACGCCGAAAACAAUGUUCAUUGUGACGUAGAGUACUCGUGACUGACAACCAAUGACUGAAAGCUGACGGUGACCCUUGACCUCGCCGCAAAACGAAUUCCAGCUGGGCUUUAAAUUAUUUAGACUAGUAGACUGGCCAGUUUGUGCGGUAGCUUGUAGGUUAAGUGAAACUGUAAAAUUUUGGAUAUUUCGCUGUCCUAUUCACUUUCUCUGCUGUUUGGUUACGACUAAUCAUAUCAUGUAUGCUGGUCUUGAAAGAAAAACUGCCACUGACCGUUGGUCUAACCAAGCUCCGGGAAGUGUGAUUGACAAUGAAGAAGAAGUAUCAAGGCAGAUGUCCAACAUGAGCUUCAGGAGCAUAAGAGAUAAAAAGAUCGAACAACAGAAAGAGAGAGAGGAGCAGAAACAGAGGAGGAAAAAACAAGAUUCAAUCAUGAUGGUUGCCACCAACCAACCUCGAGUUGGUUCUGGUGGAAAAUCUCGACCAUCAACAGCAAGCAAACGAGAUGAGUCACUGCCAUUGGUGGAGAGCCUUAACACCAACAACAAGUAUAAUCCAAGAGCAGAAGCUGCAUAUGAUAACCCUAGCUUGGAAGAAGAUAACCAUUCAACUUAUUCAAGAGCAACAACAAUUACAAUGGAUAACUCAUCGGAAAGUAUUCCACAUAGAAAAACCGGCACUGAAUUAAAGAUGGAAAAAUUAGGGAUGGGACAAAGUGCGGACUUUGAUGUUGAUUCUGAAGAGGAAGAAACAGAUUCAGGAAUGGUUGCGAUAGGUCCUCGACCACAAACAGCAAAAUCGAAUUCUGCAUCAAAAGAGGGUGGAAGACGGCCUAGCCAUGUAUAUCAACUCUCACCACCACUGCACAAGUUUGCGGGUGGCCACAGUGUCUUUGAAAAUAGCUACUCAGAGAUAUCCCAUACCACCUCCCCACGUUUUACCGACUCUAUUUUGUCCGAAACGUCUGAAGAAUUGAGCCGCAAAUUUUUCGGGGCGGUUUUAAACCCAGAUGAGCCCCAAAUGCACCCUAACCUGCCUGGUAGCCCCACCAACCCCAGCCCCAAUAUGGGAUUUCCCUCCAGACUAAAACAGCGCGACACUGACGUUCGACCUGGCAGCAGUGCAUCGAAAUACAACAUCCCCGGUAUGGACUUGGACGACUUAGAAAGCUUCUGUAUGAAACCAGCACCCCAGGGGUACACGAUAAAAUGCAGGAUAUCACGUGACAACAAGGGCAUCGACCGACACUCCUACCCAACAUAUUACCUUCAUUAUGAACGGGACGAUGGAAAAAAGAUUUUCAUACUAGCGGGCAGGAAGCGAAAACGAAGCAAAACUUCAAAUUAUUUGAUUUCCGUUGACGCCACCGACUUAUCUAGAGACGGGGAAUCAUAUAUUGGUAAAUUACGCUCCAAUAUCAUGGGAACCAAAUUCACGGUGUACGACCACGGUAUAAAGCUGGGGAAACCUGGAAUCAACAUCGACAGAGAUAAUCUACGGGAAGAACUUGUCGCCGUAUGCUAUGAGACCAACGUGUUAGGUUUCAAGGGUCCGCGUAAGAUGACGGUCAUUAUACCUGGGAUGAACAUUUCUCAUGAGAGAGUCAAAUUCAAACCGAACCAUGAAAGAGAGACUAUAUUAUCAAGGUGGCAAAACCGAAACAUGGAGAACCUGAUCGAGCUUUCCAACAAGACCCCUGUUUGGAACGAAGAAACCCAAUCUUACGUUCUCAACUUCCGUGGUCGAGUUACACAAGCUUCAGUGAAAAACUUUCAAAUAGUUCAUCAGAGCGAUCCUGAAUACAUAGUGAUGCAGUUCGGACGUGUCGAGGACAAUGUAUUCACCGUAGAUUACAAUUACCCAAUGAAUGCAGUGCAAGCAUUUGCUAUUGCUCUCUCCAGUUUCGACUCAAAACUCGCCUGCGAAUAAAUUAAGUUUGCACCGCUUCAAAUUUCACAGUGCUAGGUGUUACCAGUCCCUUCCUUACACUUCAUAUACUUCGUGGAAACUACGCCGACGUAUUCCGUUCUUUUUUUACUAUCAGUAUUUUCUUUUCAACCGGCAGCCACUAUUUAAUGUAACGCGCAUCACUGUAAGCUUUAAUUUUUUCCCUUUUUGUGAACUUUUUCGAAUUUUCUCAAUCAUCAGAACGCACGAAAAAUAACUUGUGGCGUCACGCUACGGGUCCGCGUGCCCCUCGUUGAGCAGACUUAACUUAUUGCAACCAAUUUUCGCUUCAUAACCCACCGCGCAAUGAGCAACUGCUUCGCUGUUUGAUUCUCGUCGUGUGCUAGAUAUUUUACCUUUGGAUUUUUAUCAGGCGGUCUGCGCGGCCUGCCUGUUAUCUAGUUAAAAUACAUGUGUGCUAUUCAAUUUAUAUCUAAGCGCCAAAAAGUUAUUUCAACGGUUCUAUUCAAUUGCCGCAAAGUUUUUUUUAGGUUUUGCUUUUCUUUCCUCGCUGUACGGCAAGCGACUAUUUGACUUUUUCUGGAUUUCCUUAUUUGCAAUUUCGCAAUGUAUAUUUUCCAGUAGCAAUUGAUGUUAGGUAUCAACUAUAUAUGUUAUCGUUGUAGUCUUAUAGUAUAUUUUAAGUAUUGUGUACAUUAAACUGUUCAAGGAACGCA